AUGGUGUCAACACGUGGUUCUUUUGUAGACGAACGCGAAGAUAUUCAAAAGAAAGCCUUCACUAAAUGGAUUAAUAAUCAAUUAAAUAAUUCAAAUUCAAUACCGACUAUAACUAAUCUAUUUCAAGAUUUACGCGAUGGGGCUGUUCUACUUCGACUACUCGAAACGCUUACUGGAAAUGAAUAUAAACGAGAAAUUGGGAAGAUGCGCGUACAUCAUAUUGGUAAUGUGAAUAAAGUCAUUGCUGUACUUGGAGAGUAUGGUAUAAAACUUCUAAGUAUUUCAUCAAAUGACAUUGUUGAUGGAAAUCCAAAGCUGACACUUGCACUUAUAUGGUCCAUAAUUCAAUAUUGGCAAGGCAAAGAUGUAUUGAAAUCUGUCGUACCAAAUCCAGAACAGACAAAUAUUGAGAAAUUCCUUCUUUCUUGGUGUCAACAACAAACAAAAGGAUAUAAAGGUGUUGCCAUUAAAGAUUUUACUCAUAGCUGGCAAGAUGGUCUUGCUUUUAAUGCUCUUAUUCAUAAAUUUCGGCCUGAUCUAUUUAAUUAUGACGGUAUUUUACAAGAGACAUCUGCUAAAAAUCUUGAACAUGCAUUUAGUAUUGCUAAAAAUGUCUACAAAAUUGAUCGAUAUCUCGAUGUUGAAGAUGUUCUCUCUGAAUAUCCGGACAAAAAGUCCAUAUUGAUGUAUAUUAUGUGCAUGUUUCAACAAAUGCCGACGACUCAAAUUGUUAUUAUAGAUAAUGAAGAAAAAGGACAACCGAUGAUGAAAAAUGGAAAUAUGACUGUGUCGAUGGAGUCAAAGUUUCCAUUCGGAAGAGGUUCACUGCAAUCUGAUACUUCACUAAUAACAACUCCUUUUACACCAUCGACAAACGAGUUUCCUCCUGUAUUCCAAUCAGCUGAGAUGACAACAUAUCAAACAAACAUGGAAAAUACUCUUCGUUGGAUUCUUAAACUUGAAGAUGAACUUGAUAGACAAGAUAAUAUUGCCACAAACGAUCUUAAACUUGUUAAAGAUCAAUUUCAAAAACAUGAAAAUUUUAUGAUAAAUCUAACCAAAGAUCAAAACCAAAUUGGUCAAGUACUUUCAGAAGGAAAUCAAUUGUUAACGUCAUCAAAUACGGACUUACAACCACGAGAAGAAAAUGAAAUAAAAGAACAAAUGAAAAUUCUUAAUCGUCAAUGGGAAUCAUUACGCGCUAAAUCACUUGAGCGUCAAUCUAAUCUUCAUAAAAUGUUAAUGAAACUUCAAAUUGAUCAAAUUGAAUCUUUCGACACAUGGCUUUCUCUAGCGGAAAAACGCAUAACAUCACAAUUAAAUUCCAUGGAACCAGAUUUACCCGGUGUUGAACGUCAAUAUCGUUUAUUAGCUCAAUUACAAGACGAACUUGUUGCUCAACAACAAAUGACUGAAUCAUUACAAAAUAUGGUUAUUGUUAUUGAUGAUUCAUCAGCUAACGGUACCAAUAAUCUAACAUCAAAAUAUACAUCUACAGAGAUCGAAAGUAAACUAUCAAAUCUAAGCGAACGUUGGGCAAAUAUGUGUACGUUUGUUCAAAAUCGGUGGAUACAAUUACAAGAAGUUAAAAUUGAACUCGAACAAGUUCAAUUCAGUCUAGAAAAAUUUAUCCGAUGGAUAACACGUAAAGAAGAUGAAGUUGCUAAAAUGAUAACCGAACCAAAUCUUAGUGACACAGAUAUACUCAUGCAGCAAGCUCAUGCCAUUAAGAAAACAGAACUAGAAAUGGAUGAUAUUCGUCAAUGUAUUCUUGCAUUAGAUCGCAGUCUAAAAGUGUUAAGUGGUUAUUAUGAUAAUGAAAACUCGAAUCAUUUGAAAAAUUUAAACAGCCAAAUAAAUACAUUUGAACAACGUUGGGCAAAACUAAUUGAUAAUCUUGAACUAUGUUCAGCACGUUUAAGAAAAUCUACGAUAAAUAUUGAAACAAAAGUUAAAACGAAUAGUAAACCAGAAAACGACACCAUACAACAAACAAUAAUAACAACCGUCGAAGAAACAACAGUUGAACAACGAAAAAUUCCACACGAUAAUUCACUGAGACAAGAAUUUGAUUUAUCAGCUAGAAAAUUCAUUGAUUGGAUGGAUAGUAUUGAAAAGAUACUAGACGAUAAACAAUUGAAUAAUCUAAAUCGAAACGAUGUACAAGAUAUUGUUCAAGAAGUUAAAACGAAAUAUUUAUCAUAUGAUGAUCAAUUUAAAGCGUUAAUUCAAACCGGCCUUACAAUAACAAAACAAUUAAAAGAGACAAACGAAAAAGUAUCUGAUCAUGAAUCAUUUUUACAUACACUUGAACGACGUUGGCAAGAACUUUUCAAACAAAUAAUUAAUUGCGAACGAAAUACUGAACAAUUAGUUCUUUCAUCGAAAUUCGAUGAAGAAUGUCAAGCACUUACGAAAGCUUUGACUGAAUAUCAAACAUGGAUUAAUUCAGCAGCAUCGACAAGUUCAUCGGUUGAAAUGCAGGUCAAAUCGAAAAGUUUUCAAUCAUAUAAUGAACGUCUUGCCAGUUUACGACGUAUGGCUAGUCAUAUUGAUACAAAAACGGUUCAACGAACAGACGAAUUGUUACGUUCAUGGGAAGAAACACAUAAACGACUACGUGAGCAUUGUAAUCGGAUUGAAUCUAUACAGCAGCCAUCCGGAACUACCGGUUUUGGUGCUACUUCAUCCCAUCGUACAGUCGUGUCGCCAGUACUGAAAAGCGCAACUAUAACGGAAAUGAGUGAAGCAACAUCGUCAUCAGCAACAGCAACAGCAACUAGAAAUACUUCAAAUGUUGGCACAACAGGAAAUGAAAAUGGGAAUGUUUUUACUUUAACAAAUAUUUAUACAUUUGGUGAUCAAGGAAAUGCGAAAGCGAAUACAACAUCGGAUAAAUAUCGUGUAAAAUCGUUUGUUGAAGUAUUUGAUGCACCAACAUCGGAACAGCGAAUUGGAUUCGAACGAAAUUAUAAUGAAACAUUUUCUUCAUCAUCCGUAAAACGACAAAUUCUCACGAGUUCUAAUGAUACGCAUGAUUAUUAUGAACCAUCGAAUUUUUCUCGUCAAUAUAAAACAACCGAUGCUUCUUUAACAACUUAUGCAACAGAUGAGCUUGGCAGUGUGACAACGCUUAGUAAUGCCUCAUCAUUACCACCUAAUUUCUUGGAGACACAACGUAAAUUACGUCAAUGGCUUGAAGAAAUUGAACAAAAAUUACUAAAUGAUAAAGUCCGCAUUUGUGAUUUACAAGUAAUCGACGCAAAGAAAAAAAUGUACAAAGAUUUACUUGAUCAAACACUCGAACGAGAACGUACUAUGGAAGAACUAAAUCUCAAUGCGCGAGAACAGUAUACAAAAGUACCCGCCGAUGCAGCCCGACGUUUACAAGAAGAGCUAAAUAAUUAUCAAGAUCGAUUAUAUGACGUUAAAAUGUUUUUAACUGAACGUCUAACAAAAUACAGUCGAGUCGAUAAAACAUUAACUGAUUUUGAAAGAGGCAUUGACGAAGUUAAAGUUUGGAUACGUAAUGUUCAGCCACGUUUAAAUACCAAUGAUACUACUUAUGGAGAUUCGCAUGCACUUGAAAAUCAACUGGGCCGAAGUCAAAUUCUUCAACAGGAGAUUCGCGAAAUGCAAACCACAAUCAAUCGUCUAAAUAAAGAUGUUGUUGAUUUAACACAAGAUGCAGAUGAAAAUUUAGCUCGACAUUUACGUGAUCAAAUGAAAGAAUUAAAUGAAAGUUGGAGUCAUAUUAUCAGUUCAACGAAAACAUUUUCGCUGAAUAUUCAGGAGGCACUAAAACGUAAUAAAGCAAUACAUGAGGAAAUUCAAGAAUUAGAAGAAUGGAUUAUGGAUAAAGAACAUGAAGCACCCGCUGACGAUGGACCUAUAUUUUAUCAAGAUCAAAUUCGCGAACGACUUGAACAAUAUCAAAAAGUUCAAAGUGAACUUAGUCUCAAAGAAAAUAUUGUACGAAAUUUAGUUCUUCACGGUCGUCAAGAUUUAAAUCUUCCGUCAUCGUCAGCACCUGAAUUAGCCCAAAGUUUAGAAACACUCGUUUCAAAUUGGACGAAUCUACAAAAGAAAGUUGAUACCAAAGUUGUUUUCUAUACCGAUAUUUAUACAUUACAUGAAGAAUUAAAAAAUUUACUUCAUCAAGAAAAUGUUUGGCUUGAUACAUUACAAAAUAAAAUCUUCUCAUCAACAAAUAACGGAGCUGAUGCCGAAGAGAUCUCCGAAGAACUUGAUACCAUCGAACGUUAUGUUAAAACUCAUUCGAAAACUAGUUACGAAAAAAUCUUUGAAAUGUCCGAUCGUCUUCAAGCAACAAAGGUUUCCUUACCAGCCACCAAUACUCUCACAAAUCAAUUUCGUAUGCGAUGGGAACAAUUGCAUGACGAUGCCUACAAAAAGAUUCAUACACUCAAUUCACAAAUAUCCGAUUAUCAGCAUAUGGGUCAUCAAAUAACAGCUAUGUUUGAAUGGAUGAAACAUACAGAUAGUACACUUAACGCUCGAUUAAAAGAUGAUGUCUACGCCGAUGAUGUACCCGGAGAAGCAGAAAAAUUAAUUAUUGAAUCUAAUCAAUAUGAAGCAUUCUUACGUAGUAUAGAUGAUAAAGUUCAUGUAUUACGCAAUACCGGAAAAACUGAAGCAGCAAAACGACUUGAACAACAAUUGAUUCUUUUAAGAAAUCAAUUUUUACAAUUACAAACGAAAUUUCGACAAUUUCAAAAACCCUCCGAUUUUGAACCGAAACAUGCUAAAAUGCGUCAAAUUUUAAACGAUAUCGAACAAAAUAUUAAUGUAUUGGAAAUUCAUUCUGAUGAUCCUGAUGUUAUUCAUAAUCAAUUAGAACAUUGUCUUAAACUAUAUAAAACUUUAUCAGACAUUAAAUCGGAAGUUGAAUAUGUCAUUCGAACAGGACGUGGUAUUGUUGAAAAACGGCAAAUUGAUGAGCCCAAUGAUUUAACAAAACAAAUUGAUAAAUUAAAAGCACAAUACAAUACGCUUGGAGCUAAAGUAUCAGCAUCGAAAGUUCAAUUAGAUAAUGUUGAACGUCAUUUACGUAAAUUUCGUAAAGAAUACUCACAUAUUCAUGAAUGGUUUGUUAAAGCUGAUAAUGAAAUACGUAAAAUUGAAAAUAAACAAAUAUCAAAAAAUACAAAAGAAGAAACCGAUUGGAUUCGAACUACACGCAAUGAUAUUAAAAAACUUGAAAACAAUUUUGAAACAUUAAAAAACUUAGAUCGUACAAUACAAAAAGAAGUCGACCGAACAAUGCCAACUCUUCAGGAUAGAAUCGUGGACUUAAAACGGCAAAUCGAUCAAUUAGAUCGACGACUUAAAGACCGAUCGGAAAUAAUAGAGUCUGAAAAGCCACAUCGUUAUCAUAAUUUACUUUAUAUUCCAUUUGGAUCGGGGCAUAAUGCAUCGUCAGGUGCAUCGACAUCGCCAACAGAUCUUAUCCCUAUUGAAUAUGUUAUAUAUCCUAUUGGCAUACGUCAGGGUCAAGUACGUAAAUUAGAAGAUGAAUAUCAAAGAUUCAUUCAUAUCUACCAAGAAAUAAUAAUGCGUUUGGAAAAAUUGGAAACAUUAUUAUCUGAUGCUGAACGUAUUGUUGAUUUGAAUAGAAUUUCGCAAGUGCAAGACGAAUUACGAAGUGUACGAACACAACUCGAUGAACUACUCAAUCUUGGUCAAGACCUUGUAUCAAAAAGUGAAAAAUACAGCAAACUUGUUGCUCCCGAUAUCGAAAAUAUUACAAGAAAAUUCGAAGAAUUACAACGUCGUAUUAGAAUUAUUCAGGAGACACAAGAAAAGCGUUUGAGAGAACAACAAAUUCAACACGCGUCGACUGCUACAACGACAACAGCAGCCACAACAACGACAACAACGAAUAAUAUUCAAGAGGAUCAUCAUGAUGAUUUACAACGAGAGCAUUAUUCAGAAAAAAGAUAUAAUCGUUUUCAUCGCGAAUCCCGUCGAUCACCAUCCGAAUCAUCGGAUAUCAGUACCGCACAUGGUGUUAUCGAUGAAGAAUUUAAAAAGAAAUAUUUACGCUGUUUGGCUUACAUGAAAUUAAUUGAACGUUUGUAUGAAAAUCAACCAGAAACUGAUGAAGAAUCCGAAACAGUACAUCGACGAUUAUCUAGACGAGAACGAACACUUCGUGAACGUCCAGAAUAUGAAGAAAUUGAAAAAAUUAUACGCGAAACCGAAGAACGUGCUUAUGUUAUUGAAAAAACCGAUGUUGAUCAAGCUAAUCGUAUACGAGAAAAAAUUCAUCGAUUAAGAGAUUGCCUGGAGAAUCUUAAAUAUCGUUCAAAUCACUAUCAAAAUACCGAUGAAGUUACUCGAUAUGAAGAACGUGUUCAAGCAGCAGACAGAACAGUACCAAAAGAACGGGAAUUCGACUCCGACUUUAUCUAUGAUAUUGACGAUGCACGUUCAGUUUUCAGCGAACCAGCACCACAAUUUAAUGCAAAAUACCGUAAAGCUGUUCAUUCGCUCGAUCGCUACAAAAUCGAUGAUCAAACUCGUUAUGUUCCAACGAGUGAAGAAUAUCAUCUACAACCAUUAUUACGUGUACGUAGUUUGAAAGCAAUCGAUCAUCACACAAUAAGUGCACCAUCAUCGCCUGUAUUACAAGCACGCUAUCGUUCGCACGAACGUCCAAAUGCUUACUAUAGAAAGCAAUACGUAGCAAAUCAACAAGGAUAUCAAGAUAAUUAUCAACAUAAUUCAAUAUCAAAAUCGGCCAGUAUGCCAAAUGGUGGUUUUCCUGUACAAGGCGGUUGUGUUCCUCAACAGCCCGUACUCUAUCGUGAACGUGUAAUUGAUCGACAUGUUGCUGAACGAAAUGCAUCAAGUGGCGAAUCUCAUCGACAAAAACAACGAGAAUCAAGCGGUUCAACGCAAGCUAAUUCAGCUGCUCUAUCCGGACAAACACAAGCAAUUCAUCGAACAUUACCUGUUCGUUAUGAAGCAGCAAAUAGUGCUUCAUCCAGUUAUCGACAUACAAAUGGUUAUAGACAUGAACCGUAUCCAACAUAUUUUUAUAAUGAACAGCAACAACAACAACAAGCUGGUGGCCGAUCGAGCAGUUAUCGUCAACCGCCUUAUGCACCUCAUACUGUUGGACCGCAUCCAACACGAAUUGUUUAUUAA